AUGGCACAAUCGGAACCUAAUGGACUGUUUGCGAUGGUGGAACUUAACUACCAAGGGGUAUUUAAUCGAAAUCCUUUCUCUUACACUGGUGGUGUUAAAACCAUCUUCAAUGAUGUUGACUUUUCUUCUAUGACUUAUUCUGAGUUUGUGACCUUCUGCGAACGUUUCAUGCAUGAAGAGUGUAAAAAGUUUUGCUACUAUGAACCAGGCAUGUCCUUCAUGGAAGGGCUUAAUCCCAUUUCAGAUGAUGUGGAAUAUUCUGCUUUUAUUUUUUAUGCUUAUGGAACAGAUGGUGUAAUUUCGGUUUAUGUGGAUCAUAUUGGGGUUGGUGUUGAUGGGUGGCAUGAUGAUGAAGAUAAUGAUGAUGAUGAACAUGACUCUUGUAUUGAUGGUGAAAAUGAAGACAACAUAGAUGAACUUAGAAAUGUUGCCUUUGAAUUUAAUGAGGAUGUAGUGCAUAUGAAUAGGACAUCAAAUGAUCCUUUCUUGACUAAUGGAUAUCAAUUGUGUUUUGAAAAAAAUGAUAGGACAAGACUUUUGGUAAGGUGUAGCAAAGGUGCUUGCACAUUUAGAUUAUGGGCUUCCUGGAUGAGUGAUGAUGAGAGUUUCCAAAUCAAGUCACUAAAAGCUGAUCAUAAUUGUGCUAGGAACUUCAAGUUUGGAUCAUUGGUGACAUAUGCAUGGAUUGGGAGUCACUAUACCAAAGAGAUUGUAGAAAGUCAGAAAAUAAGUGUAAGGAAGCUUAGGUUAAAGGUAAUGGCCAAGUUUGGUAUCCAAGUUAGUAUGGGGCAAUGUAGAAGAGCAAAGAAGUAUGCACUGAAACUUGUUGAAGGAAACCUUGUUGAACAUUAUGGUAAGCUAUGGUCAUAUGGUCAUGAGAUUUUAAGGACAAAUCAUGGGUCAACUGUGAAACUAGAUAUGGAGGAUGGGCCAGAUGGAAAGAAAUAUUUUAGCAAGUUCUAUUGUUGUUCUCAAGGAGUUAAACAAGGUUGGAUUGAAGGGUGUAGAAGGAUAAUUGGUCUUGAUGGAUGUUUUCUUAAAGGUGUUUGUAAGGGAGAACUGCUUUGUGCUAUUGGGAGGGAUGCAAAUGACAAGUCCUAUUGCUUGGGCAGUGGUUAA